AUGUCGUCAAAUCAAUCAAAUCCCAUAUUUGUCGAUCCAUCAAUCGUAACCCUUGAAAAAGAUGCGUCUGCGUCAUUGUCUUCAAAUCAAAAUAGACAGAGUCAAUCGAAUGAAAGAAAGUUAUCCCAUUCUUCUAUUCAUAAUUUAGAACCAGGCAAUGCAUUGAGUAGAUUAUUGGAUAGUGCGAUGGCUCAUGCGGCUAAAGAAUCAACACCAGAACUUACAGCCACCGAUGCUGAACAUGUUGCACAAGAUAUAACUGAAAGUACCGACUUGGAAACUCUUUUAAAUACGAUUCCACCAUCGAAGCAAGGAAAAGAAAAUAUAUACACAAUAAGUAAAUUGCUUGAGUUGAAAUCUGACUUGGAUGAUGCGCCUCAUAUAAAGGAUUUAUUACCUGAAUUAUCAUUUUGGAGAUUGAAAGCUCAACGUGAACCCCAUCCGAGACAUUUGAAUAAUAACUUGAAUUCGGAAAAUGGUGGUGCAUACAAGGGUAAAAAAUUCAAAAAGCAUCAAAAUGAAACUUGGGAAAGAGGUAAACACCACUCCAAUAAUUACGGUGAGAAUAGUAAACCGGACCAAUUUACACGCCGUGGAAGUCGUCAUGGAUUUUUUAAGGCCGAAGAGUUGGAUUCACUUUCAAGUGAGAAAAUAUCACAAUUACUUGGUGAAGGACCCGAGGAGUUGGAACCUGAAUGGGAUUCAGAAAUAAUUGGUGAUGGUAAAAUUGGUAAAUCAGGUGAUGAUGAUUUAUCUCAUAUGUCAAUGAUGAAUAUGGGACAAACAGUUGAAGAUUUUGAAAAAUGGAAGUAUCAAAUGAAGUUGCAAGAAAAAAGAAGAAGAGGUGAAGUAGUUGAUGAAGACAUUGAACAACAACAAAUGGCUGAUGAUGAGAGUGCUGCGAAAAACGCUGGUAACGAAGUUGAUAACUUCUUUUCUUUUAUUAAACCAACUCAUAAAGAACCUACUAUCGAAGAAGAAGUUGUUGUUUCAGCAACGGUCGAAGAACCGGCACAGGCUAAUGUUGCGUCAAAUAACGCUAAUCACCGUUCAUCCCGUUUUUCAUCAUUUUUCCAACAACCAAGUAAUCAACCAGCUAAAGAGACAAACAAAAGUGUUAGUGAAGAGACACAAAAGCAACUGACGCUGGCAACUAUACCUCCUCCUGGAUUUUCAAAGUUUUUCGGUGGACAAAAGAGUGGUCCACAGACACCUCAAUAUACUUCGGAGCCACCACUGUUGAAUGCGAGUGAGACGAGAUUACCGCAAUUACAAAGGCAAGGAUCCUCCUGGUCCUCACCUCUGGGCCAACCUGCAUCACAUCAACCAGAACAAGCAAUUCCAAUGCCUCAGCAACCACCCCAACAACCACCUAUGCAACACCAAUCUUCCAACGAUAGUUUUUUCCGUUCGUUGUUGAAAAAAAAGGAGAAUACUCAACCAUCACCUUCCUCAGCAUCGUCAACCCCUCUUUCUGAGCAUCCACCAACUACCAUAUCUGAUGGAAAACGUUCAAGUGUAUCAGGAGUCAGCGUGUCUGACACAAGUGUCACGCCUGGUCAAUUAAGUAGAAAAGCAUCCACUGGUAACGAUGGUGAAGCACGAUUCCGUGGUAUUCCUCUACAACAGCAGCAACAUCAGCAACAGCAACAGCAACAACAUGUUCACCCAGGUCAAAUUCCUCCAGGAUUAUUUCCACCGGGUCAAUUUCCACCGGGUCAAUUUCCACCUUGGAUGAGAGGACCGCCUCAACAGAUGGGUAACUUCCCACCUGGUUUUCAACCACCUAUGCCACGUAGUCAGUUCCAACAACAACAACCACACCAACAAGAUGAGCAAGGUGGAAAUAACAAAGAGGGAAAUGCCACCCAAUCGCCUCUGCAACAACUGAAACAGCAAUUACAACAGCAAUAUCCACAACAACAACAUCCACAACAACAACCUCGAUUCCCUCACCCUGGUCAACAACAACCUGGUGGCCGUGUGCAGAUGCCUCCACCAGGUAUGUUUCCUAAUGGGUUUAUGCCACCUAUGCCACCACCUCCAGGAACAAACUUUCCUCAGGGUCAGGGUCCACCACCUGGCUUCCGUCAACCUCAAAUACCGCCUGAGUUUUUAAACAAUCCUAAUGCGAGAUUCAUACCACCUCAGUAUCUUGGUAUGCAAGGGGGAUCACCACAGAUGCCACCACCACCUGGUCUUCAGCAACAACAACAUACAUCACGAGGAGCGCAACAAGGUCCUAACCCAAACCAACAACAACCACAACCUCGGAAAGUGGAGAAACAGUAG